GCGCACUUACGGCGUGAAAAUACGCACGGGUUUCUAGUAGUUCUACCAGUACUAUUUGUUUAUUUUUUUCGGUUUUUUUCCAUAAAUGAAAUAAUGUACCAAAAAUGUAGUGCAAUUUGUGCCCAACCGCAAUAUAAAAGCAAUCAAUGGUCGUCAAGUGCAGUCGAAUUUCAUUUGCGCGUGGUGAGUGAGUCAGUCCUUCAGUGAAUAAGUCGCCGUGCGUGCAGCACCUAAAAAUGGCCGAAAUGCAGUUAGCGCAGCAACUACAACAAACACACAGCGAUACCAAUAAGAGGCAGAGACAUCGACACAAGCAGUAGCAGCAGCAACAGAACUUGCAAUGAUAUUCAAUUUUCAAUUGCCGACAUUGUAUGUGUAAUUGUUAUUAACGUACGCAAGUACAACACAUACAUACAUACAUAGGAUUAGCACCACACGGAAGGAAGCAGCAAUACACAUACAUACAUAUGUACAAAUUCAUAGAGCAGGCAGACAGGCGCAGGCUGCUGUUUUGACGCGCGACUACACCCAAAAAUGAAAAUAAAAAGAAACAAAACGCAGCACAACAACAACGACGAAAUGUUGAAGUAAAAGCAACAACAGAAACCACGCAACGGCACUUCAGUUGAGUUGUAUUGAGAAACGCUUAUGAUUGUGUGGGUGUAGGCAGAGCAGCAAAGCAGCCCAGCAGCUCCAGAGCACAUAAACGACGUCGGCAUUGUGUUCAUUCUGCCGAUCGCUCGCUCGCUCUUUCGUUCAUUAGUGGAGUGUGGAGUCGUUUGUGCGUGUAUGUGUAUGGAGUAACAACAUUCGCCUACGCAGCAGCCAACAGCGACGCCAAGGAAGCGGCUGUGAAAUUCACAUUGAAAAUAUAUAACAUGUGUAUAUGUAUAUAUAUAUAAGAGACUGGGCAAAAAGAAAUAAGUGCAGCAGUAAAGUAGCAGCGGAUGAAAGAAUAGCCAGUAAGAAAUGCAUGCGCAUGCACAAAGCAUAACCACGGCGAAAUUCAACAGAAAAAGAAAUAAGUACACACACUUAUACAUGAAUAUAAAUACAUAUAUAUUUCUACAUACAUACGUACAUGCAUAAUUAAACGGGUUUCAAUUUAAUUGACUACGUAUUGAAAUUCAAAACGCGUUACGUCAAAUUAUGCCAAACUUUGUUGCUGUAUUUUUGUUUUUGUGACUUGACAGUGUGUGCACUUUUGUGUGUGUACGUUUGUGUGGUGCAAUACCGCCCGCUGCCAAAUUUAAAAUCAGUCCAGUCCAACAGUGCAUUAAGUUCCAGACCAGCGACCGCUUCGUUGUCAAGUCGACUUUGUUGUUGUUGCUACUGUUAUUGGUUGGUUGCAGUAGUCAAUUCAUCUUGCCCUUGCGCUGCUCCGCUCGUCUUCAAAUUAUGGAUUGUGGUGGUCUCGCAGCACAGCAGCAGCAGCAACAACUACAACAGCAGCAGCGUUUAUUACUACAACAACACAAACAGCAAGAGCAGCAACUACAACAAAACUCAUUGAAGUGUCUUGAGGAAAUAGCAACAACAAAUAUUAAAAACCUUGCCAUUGUCGGUGGCGGGGAGGCCAGCGGCGGGGUUAGCGGAUCAGACGUCGGCAGUCCACAUCACAAGUUGCUCGAUAAUAAUCCAAGCAGUGGCGGCGGCGCUGGCGGCGUCAAACUGCGCAAACAUAGCGAACGUUGCCUGACGACGCCGGAAGCCAAGUCGCACACAUACCGCAUCUCAAUGGCCAAUCUAGAAGAUACGCAGGAGUCCGAACUGGAUCUAAUUUUGGGCGAGCUAAGCUUGCUGGAGGCGCAGAUUUGCUUCGGAGAAGCGACAUUUUUGCCGGGAGUGGGCGCGCCUACUGGUGUGCCACCGCCGGCCGCAAUUUCCGUGUCGGCCGCCUCAUCGCGCACCCAUUCGCGCACAAACUCGAGCAUAUCUGGUGAUGUAAAUUCCAGUUGCUCCUCCUCCUCCUCCACGAGUAUAUCGUCGUCGGGUCUAUUGGAGAAUGGGCAUGGCCAUAACGGAGUGCAAUUCGGUCUAACCAUGGGCAUGACCAUGAGUGUCGGCAUGCCACGCGAGCCACGCACCGAAUCGCCCGAUAAUGAUUCAGCAUUCAGUGAUACGGUCUCACUGCUGUCCAGCGAGUCGUCGGCCUCAUCGAGCACUUCGUCGCAGCAGCAAAAGCUACAGCAGCAACAGCAUCAACUGCAAUAUCUGCAGCACCCAUAUCCACAUCAGCACCAGCUUCAUCAUCAUCAUCAUCAGCAGCAGCAGCUCCAGCAGCAACAGCUGCCGGCGGCGGUGAAUCAAAUAAUGGAUAGUGCCAAUAACAUCUCGAAAGCAGCCAAAAUUCAACUGGCCCUGCACAAGCUAGAGAGUGCACAAGUAAAGCGACUUUUUGUCAAAGCCUUCACAGCCGAUGGGGCAUCCAAAUCAUUGCUGGUCGACGAACGCAUGACCUGCGGUCACGUGGGGCGUCUGUUGGCAGACAAAAAUCACGUGCAGAUGCAGCCUACCUGGGCGCUGGUCGAGAGUCUAGGCGAUCUGCAAAUGGAGCGCCUCUUCGAAGAUCAUGAACUGCUUGUGGACAACUUAAUGACCUGGAACUCGGAUGCGGGCAAUCGUGUUCUCUUUCAGCAGCGUCAGGAUAAGGUAGCGCUCUUUGCCAGACCAGAAUUGUAUCUGCCGGGUCCGCAAAUGGCACCCGGGUGUCAGCAUGAUGAGCACACGCGUCAUAUGCUGUUGGAGGAGUUCUUUGCGACGAACUCUCAGCUGCAGGUUGAUGGGCCUCUUUACAUGAAGGCCGACCCAAAGAAAGGCUGGAAACGCUAUCACUUUGUGCUGCGUUCAUCCGGUCUCUACUACUUCCCCAAGGAGAAGACGAAGAACACAAGGGACCUGGCCUGCCUGACGCUCUUCAACGGCCACAAUGUCUACACAGGGCAAGGCUGGCGAAAGAAAUGGAAAUCGCCGACAGAUUACACGUUCGGCUUCAAGUCCGCCGUUGACUCAUCGCUGGGCAAAUCGUGUCGCACGCUUAAAAUGCUGUGUGCCGAAGAUCUGGAGACCAUGGAGAAAUGGCUAACGGCCAUUCGCAUCUCCAAGUAUGGCAAACAGCUGUGGGAUAACCACAAGACGCUGCUCGAGGACCUUUGCCUGGGCGAUGGUGUCUCGAACAACAGCUUUGCUGUCUCCAUGCGCAGUGAGUCCAUUAGCAGCAUCUCGUCGGCGGUGCCCUCGCAAUGCGGCAGUGUCUCCUCGGCUAUUUCCAGCAUGUCUAACUCGUCGAGCGGUCGUAUCUCUCGUGCCUCCAGCUCUAGCUCCAGCGGUUGCCUCUCGGACGAUAACAACGGCUUUGAUUCGGAGUUCACUACGGGCACCAUCAAGCGCAAACCCUCGAUGAAACCCAAUCUGCCGCUAACGACCAUGACUCGUCAACUCAAGGAGGUGGGCGAGAUCACCAUUUGUGAGAGCAGUGGUGGCAGCAGUGGAGGAGCUACAGCGGAUGCUACCUCGCCAGAGCGCGGCGGCACCCUCACACGUCGUCACAGCCGACGCAAAUCUCAAGAGAGCAACGGUAGCGGAACACUGAAACGUCGUCCAGCCCCUGCUAAUGUUGCCGCAGUGGUAAAACGGGACGUGGUUGAUGGCAGCGGUGGUUCCUCUUCGUCAUCCAAUUCCACGCCUACGCCUACUCCCAGCAUAUGCGCCAAACCUUUGCUAGAUCCCAUGCCGGAUGUCGUGUUGGGCAAUGACCUGAUGUGCUCCUCAACGCUGUCUUUGGACUCUCUGCCACCGCCACCGCCGCCAACGGCCUUUGUCCAGGAUGAGCAGGACGUUUACGGGUCACAGUUAUCGUUGGCAUCGCUGCCGCCGCCGCCCCCACCAGAGGAGGUGCUGGCCUAUGCCAGUAACCCUCCAGUUGCUACUCCUAGUACACCUACUGGCGGCAUGCCCAACAGCAAUGGCACGAUGCCUCCGGCUGUGCCGGCCAAACCCAUUAAGCCGGCGGUGAAGAAUGCGUUGAAAGCGGCGCCACCCUACAAGGCUCCACCUGACUAUGUGGGACCAGCGUUGAGUGGUAAUCAGGCCAUCGGCAGCAUUUAUGCAGCUGCGGCUCCUACGGUGCCUGCGCCAGUACAGAAAAAAGUAUCAUUUGCCGACUCUCCAGUACUGUUGCGACGGAAGAUGUGCUCUCCAGAGCCGGUGGUGCCUGUGCGCUCCACAGGCAUUACGCUCAGCAGCUACCAGCAGCAAGAGCAGCAACAGCCCUUCUAUGCGCCUGGACCGAUGCUGCCACCUCGCAGUGAUCCGUCGCGUCUCUCUAGCAAUAGCAGCGUCUCCGAGGUAACCUCGCCCAAGCGUCUGCAAGAGUCGGCCUCGAAUCCACCGCGCGACUUCCUUAAGGAUCUGCAGCGUGUAAUGCGGAAGAAGUGGCAGGUGGCCCAAAAGUGCAAACUGGAGCCGGCGACUACGCCACACGAGGUGCUUGGCUUUCGUGACUUCAACAAUGAGGAUCUCCUGGCUGCACACAAUCUGAACUCGGGCGCAAAUUCCUCGCAUUAUUAUCGAGAGACGGCGAACGUUAGUCACUGGGUGCAGGAGCAUUAUGGAGCGGGCGCGGCCCCGCCGCCACCACCCCCCAAUGAGUUCGCCCUAUACGAGAAUGUGCAUGCGCAGAGCAAUGGAGGAGCGGGAGCAGGAGCAGGAGGAGGCGGUAUGGCCAGUGGAGCAAUUGAGCCCCAAUAUGUUACUGCAAUGCAGCAGCAGCAGCAACAUCAACAGGUGCCACAUAAUGCGGCGGCAGCUGCAGCAGCAUUGCGCAAAAAGCGUCCACCACCGCCGCCACCCAAGCGCAGCGACUCCACACAUUUAACGCAUCGUGUCUAGGCGCUUGCGCACUACUCUCCAAUCUCUUAUCUCUCGAAAUUCUGUCUCCAAUUGGAUCUCUUGCUUCGAUGGACGAUUCGCACGAUCCGAACACCUUUAUAUUUGUAUGUUUAAAAUUAAGUGCAAAAUUCCUAUAUAAGUAGAUCAUCAUCAAAUCAUAUAACGUACAGAAACGAAUUGCAUAAAGCAUAUAUGUACAUGUAUAUGUCAUGUGGCAGUCGAAACGAUCGUUCUUGAGUAUUAUAACUGGAUAGUUAUGAUGUUUUUUUUUUUGUAUUUGUUUAUAAUGCCACUUAUUUAAAUUUUAGAUUCGAAUGCAACGUAUUCGCAACUGUUUUUAUUUUUAUUAUCAAUUAUCUUUAGGAGAGAUUUCAUUCAUUGGCACAUUACAAUUGAUAUACAACAUAUUUAUAUGUUUUUAGUAAAAUAUUCAAAGAUACAUUUAGAUGUUAAUUACAAAAACGCAAGCAAACAUCAAUUAAUUUUUUU